AUGCAGUGGUGGAAAGAGAUAAGCAAGAGAAACAGGACCCAGUUGAUAUGGAGGGUGAGAGGGAAGGAGUACGACCCUGCAUCCAGAUGGACUGAAGAGCUCAGGCUGGUCCUCAUCGGAAAAACUGGAUCCGGAAAGAGUGCGUCUGGAAACACCAUCCUGGGCCGAAGGCAGUUCCUGUCACAGAUCAGCGCCAGCUCAGUCACCCAGAGCUGCCAGCUAGGGAGCACUGAGGAAGAGGACGCUGAGGAGGAAGAUCAGACUGUCACACAGAGGAGGAUGAGGAGGAUCACGGUGGUCGACAUGCCGGGGUUUGGGGACACUCACUUAUCUGUGGAGCAGAUCCAUGCUGAGGUUGCCAAAUGUGUGUCUCUCUCUGCCCCCGGGCCACAUGCCUUCCUGCUGGUGGUGCCAAUAGGACGAUACACAGAGAAUGAGAACCAGGCUGCGUGCGAGUUAACCAAAAUAUUUGGCGAGGAGGCAGUCCGUCACCACACAGUUAUUCUUUUUACCAGGGGUGAUGACCUGGAGGGCGUAGAGAUCAAAGAUUAUCUGAGGGGGACCGCACCUGCUGGGCUUAAAGCUCUGAUUGACAGGUGUGGAGGCAGGUACCAUGUACUCAACAACAAAGACCCCAGCAACUCAGCGCAGGUUAAAGAGCUCUUACUGAAGGUGGGCGACAUGGUGAGGCAGACCAAGGAAGGGUUUUAUACCAAUAACAUGUUUUUAGAAGCAGAGGCCGCCAUCAGGGAGGAGCAGAAGAGGAUGUUGAGGGAGAAAGCAGAGGGGGAAGAACAGGAUAUAUUUGCAAAAAGGAGGAAGUGUGACUUGGAGACUUACAGAGUAGAAAGCAGCGAUAUUGGAUCCAGGAGGAGGGAGUUGGAGAUAGGAAGGGAGGAGGAUUUUAGGAUGGAGAGGUGGACAGAAGAGAGCAGAGGCAAUCCUUUUAGCUUCCUGAGAAACAGAGUGGAACAAUGUAGAGAUAAGUUCAGAGGCAGCAGGUCUGUGAGCAGGUGCCAGUCUCUCCAUUCCUCUCUCACAAGGAGGGAGGCAGCGCUCUCUGUUAAGGUUCUGGAGAGGAUUAAGAUCAUGGUGGCUGCGGGGGCCACAGGCCUGGCAGUGGGGGCUGUUUUCGGGGCCGCUGCGCCUUUAGCAGCCGCUGCCGGGGCUUCUUUGAUGGGGAACUCUAUUGGUUUUGCUGCAAGUCAAUUUGCCGGGAUGUCUGUCGCUGGAGGUUCAGGUGUUGGGAACGCCGUGGGGGCCAUAGUAGCGGCGGCCUCUGGGAAAACUGCAGUGGCUCUGGGGGCGGCAACGGGUGGACUUUUGGGUGGUUCUGUAGGAGCUAUCGCUGCUGCUGAAGCUGCCAGUCCUGGGGAGGGCGCUCUGGAUGCCCUGGGGCAGGUUAGUCUCAUAGGAGCCUCUGCUGUGGGGGUGGCAGCAGGGGUGGGAGGCACCUUGGGAGCUGGGGCCGCUUUAGGAGCCGCUCUGGAGGGAGCAGCUUUCAGCACAGCGGCUCUCAGUGGAGCUGCAGCAGUAGGGGGCGGCGCAGCUGCUGUAGCUAAUGCGAAUGUAGCUUCAGUAGCGGGAAGUGUAGCUCCUCCGUUAGCUGCAGCGGUUGCAAAUGCCCCGGUGGCUGCUGGGACUCCUGGUGUUCUGUGCGGGUUUACAGGGCCCAGUGUGUCAUCUGUGGCCGGCAGUGUGGUGUCGGACCCCUGGGGGACGGUGGCUGUGUCCACACGCCUCCUGAGUGCAGUGGCUGAGAUCGGAAAGGCUGCAGCGGGCAUUGCCUUGGCUGGUGGUCUGGUGGUGAAGGUGGUGAAGGAAAGAGUGAGGUGUGGUUCAGCAACAACAGAAGCCAGUUUCUCAGAGAAGAAGUCGUAUGAGAUCUACUGGAACAAACAGUGAGAUCAUGUUUUUCCCUAUGAAGUCCUACACUCCACAGUAGCUGCCCUCAGUGAGAGAUAUCACACAAUACAAUAGAUAAAAGAGAGCAGAAAUUGAAGUUGCAUUGAUGUUGGUUGGAGCUAUUUGAGGCUGGUGAAUGAAUUCAGUGACAUUUGCAGUGCUGCCUGGGAGGUUUAAUAAAGAAAAAAACGAAUCAAUUUUUGCAAGAUUUGAACAAGAACUGAUAUACACACUUUUUGAAUGAAGUGAAAAAAAGAGACAUUUCAUUUUGACCUUUCUCAAAAAGAAUCAAAGAAGUGAAAAAAGAUAGGUGCGAUAUUAUUUUUAAGAUGUUGUUAAACUCACUCAUUAAUGGGUGUUGAAAAAUGAACAAAAGCAGUAGAAGUGUUAUAUUUUCAUUAAUGUAUUAAAAUAAUAAAAAAUACCUGGUUGUAUUGCAGUGUUUCACAUCCUGUAAUCUGUCGACCGUUUUGCACUUAUGUAUUAAAACUAGUUAUGAAUAACUUGUUUAUAAUUACUGCAAAUGUAUCAGCAGUAUUGUGUGUUCACGUUGAUGCAAUAAAAUGAAAGGAAUAAAGUAUUCUUCCAUGACUGAAUAUUA